AUGAGAGAGAAAACAUGGAUCCUCGUACGGCCGACAUACCUGUGGCGUCAUCGUUGAAAUAUACGUUUGCUUUGAUAGGCAUAUAUUUGUUGAUAGUUUUGAAACUCGGUCCGGCUCUUAUGUCUAAUCGGAAACCAUUCGAAAUUAAGCGAAUUUUGCAGAUUUACAAUAUACUGCAAAUUGUGGGCAACUUGUAUUUGCUUUACCAGUGUUUUCUUUAUUAUUUGUAUCAUCCCAAAUUUAGAUGGACUUGCUUUAAUACCGCUAAAACAGACUACAGCGUGGAGACCAUGGAAUUUCUAACACCGACUAUUUUAGGAUAUUGGCUGAAGUUUUUCGAUUUUCUAGAUACCAUUUUCUUCGUUUUGCGGAAAAAAUGGAAUCAGGUUUCAUUUCUGCACGUCUAUCAUCAUGCCAUUACGUUUUUUGCAGCUUGUAUGUAUGUGAAAUAUGGUUUUGCAUCCCAUUUUACUAUGGUGCCUUUUUGCAAUUGCUUUGUACACGUUGUUAUGUACAGUUACUAUUUGGCAGCUUCUCUGGAUUUGAAAAUUGAUUUUCUACCGUGGAAGCGAAGUGUAACACAAAUACAAAUUUUACAAUUUUUGUUUUUGUUAGUGCAUACAAUGGCAGCAAUUGCUGAUAAUUGGUGUGGAUUAUCUAUGCUUCUGUUGACCGUUUUUUUCCUACAGGAUAUAUUUAUGCUUGCCAUGUUUGGUAACUUCUAUUAUAGAACCUAUUUGGCAAACCGUCGAAAGAUCGAGAACAAUAUGAAGAAAAUCAAGGAAACUUAGAUUUCCAUACGUAUGUUGUUAUUGAACUCCAUAUGACGUACUUCACUUGAAAUAACAUAGCUAGAGUUUAAGAAUUGUAGACGAAUUUAUGACUUUGACACUAAUAAUCGUUUCCGUUAUUCUCGCUGGUCGGCAAUAUAAAAUCUCUUAUUGAGGGUAAGGCAUUGGAUGUUAAAGAUUGGCGAACAUCACUUUCUUACUUCUCUUAGCAUUGUUGUAUUUUAAUCU